AUGAGGAGGAUGAAAAUGAUGAGAAACUUAUCAACUGGGCUAAUAUUAACCACACUUUCCUGGUUUUUGAUGCUAAGCAAGGCAGAACCUUCAACUCAGGCAGAUGGGGUACCUCUACAUCCCUGGACCUUUGCUUCGUUACAAAAAAAUGAGUCAGUCCAACCCUUACAAGUAAGACGUACAAUACUGAAUAAGUUCCCCAAAAGUCAACAUUGUCCAAUUGUAGUAGAAGUGGGAAUAAACCUACCCAGGUUCAAUAAACUAGAACUGCCUAGAUGGAAUUUGCGCAAGGCAAACUAGGAUAGCUAUUCCAAAUACAUUGAGGAUAACAUCAAUUGAAUAGAUUUAGUUUAAGGAAAUUACAUCAGAUUCAUUAAGCUCCUCAAGACGGCAGCGACGAAGUCCAUACCGAGAGGACACGUUCAGAACUACAUCCCAUGCUGGAACAAAGAAUGCGAAGAGGUACUCAGAGAAUACGAGAAAAACGGGAGUGAUAUCUUGGCUAAUAGGCUAACGAACUUACUUGAUGAGGAGAGGAGAGAAGAAAAAGAUGGAUUAAUGCAGUAGAAAACCUCGACUUUUCGAAAUCAAGCAGGAAAAGUUAGGCACUCCUUAAAAAGCUGGGGUUGGCCCAACCGGUUCGCAAAGAGGAGGAGGUUUCAGUGAAAGCGAUAGCUAACCAACUAUUUAAAGUAUUAAACAUCAAACAGAAAAAAAAAAGAAAAGUUUGAUAUUAGAAAACUGCUUGCUAAUGAACUCUCUUGAUGCAAGGACUCGCCAUCACUAUUUGAUACUUUUACCAAGAGCGAAGUUGAUACAGCCUUAAAAGCUGUUAAAAAUGGCAAAGCUGCUGGUGCGGAUGGCAUCUUACCUGAAUUUCUGAAAAAUCUAGGGGUCAAAGGUAGAAAUUGGUUAGCUAAAUUAACAACAAACAUUGCUAAUUCCGGAGUCCUUCCAAAAUUAUGGAGGGAUAGCCAUCUUAAAACCGGGGAAAGCUGCAAAUGAUGCCAGCAACUAUAGACCAGUUUCGCUACUAUCAACGGUGUACAAUGUUUUUGAGAGACUAAUUCUUAUGAAGCUGCGACUGAUACUAGAAAAUAAAUUGCCAAUAGAACAACUGGUACCUUACAUUAAAUCCAAAUAAAACGGUAGCGAUAGCUCUUCACUUGAAUAACCGGGAAGCCAACAGAAGACUAGAAUUAAAGAUAGGGGACACCCCAGUGGCCAAUAGUGAAUGCACAAGGUACCUAGGGAUAAAAAUUGACAGAGCUCUAACUUUAAAGGAUCAUAUAGAGGCAAUGAAAAAAAAGUUGAAAACUAGAAACAAUAUAAUAGCAAAACAAACGGGCACAAGCUGGGGUAGUAACGCGGAAGUCCUGCGAACAUCUACAUUAGCAUUGGUUUAUAGCGUGGCCGAGUAUUGUGUACCAGUAUGGUCAAGAAGUGCUUACUGUAAAAAAAUAGACAUAGAGCUCAACAAGUCAAUGCGAAUAAUAUCGGGGACUGUGAGAACUACUCAAACCCAAUGGUUGCCGGUGCUGUCGAACAUAAUACCUCCAGAACUAAGGAGGUUAAUGAAGGCUUAUCAGGAAGUAACAAAAGUAAUGAACAACCCUGAACUACCAUUAUAUAACGACAUCAUCUCACACCCCCAAAAAAGACUGAAGUCAAGACACCCUAUCUGGGAUCUGACAUUCCCGAAAGAGUCAAUACCCGAGGUAUGGAAAAAUCAUUGGAAACAUUCAGGAGUGCAAAACUCAACAUUGAUUACAGACCCAAUGAUGAGAGUCCUGGGAUUCAACCUACCCAGACACUUAUGGACAGCUUUAAACAGAGCUAGGACUAAUCAGGGUAGAAGUAAAAGUCUCUUAUAUAAAUGGGGUAUGACCAAUUCUCCCUUGUGUGCGUGCGGAGCAGAACAAACCAUUCAACAUAUCAUUGAAGAGUGCCCUAACACUAAGUUCAAUGGGGGUAUAGCAAGACUUCACAAGGCUGAAGAGGAUGCAGUAACAUGGAUAAAUAACCUGGAGUUUCGUUUGUGA